UAUGUGCACAUGGCAUUGACGGAUCUCGAUGAUCUCUUCGAAUGUAUUCCAACAAUGUUGAUCACGAUAAUAUUUAGUUUUAAAUUAGCAAGCUUUAUGGCAAAUAGUAAGAAAAUAAAAAGCUGCCUUAAAACGAUAGAGAACGAUUGGUUGUCAUUAAAUACGGAUAACGAGAAGGCUAUUCUGCAACGACAGACUGCAUAUGGCCGAUAUCUGACGAUAUUUUACGCAAUCUUUAUGCAGCUGACAGGGUUCCUCUAUAUACUCAAGUCGGUUGUGUUGAUAAUGAUAGAUGAUACCUCAAAUUCGACCAAACUGGCUGUAACAAAAUUACCAUUUCGCGUAGAAUACGGCCACAAGAUAGAUCAAUAUUUCUAUCUGAUACUGACCCAUAAUUAUCUAACUGUUUUCUCUCAUGUGACCGCCACAGUCGCGACUGAUACCUUCUACUUUAUCCUGAUCCAACAUGCCUGCGGGAUGUUUUCGGUUGUCGGACAUUCGUUGGAACGUAUUGGCAAAGAUAGCAAUAACAGUUUCGAUUCAAAGCCCGACAAGAUUAAUGAUGUUAAUUACUAUAAGGUUCUGGAUUGUUUACGCAAGCAUCUGCACGUGAUAGAAUUCGCGGAAUUAAUCGAGUCUACGUUCGCGGAUAUACUUCUGAUCAGUAUUAGCCUAAAUAUGAUUGGUGGCAGCAUAUGCGGUAUACAGGUAUUGAUAAAUUUAAAUGACGCAAAAGAUAUAAUAGCACCUCUCGCUAUUUACGUCGCUCAACUCACUCAUAUGUUCCUACAAUUUUGGCAGGCUCAAUUUUUACUUGAUUACAGUGUUCUUCCGUAUGAGUCAAUUUGCAAGGCGAAUUGGUAUUAUACCUCGGAGAGAUGUAGAAAACUUCUACUUUUGAUCAUGAACAGAACAAUAUUACCGUGCAGAAUUACUGCUGGCAGAGUGGUCAUUUUAUCCAUCGAAAGUUUCGGCGUAGUUCUGAAAACGUCGAUGUCAUACUUCACGAUGCUGCGUUCCUUCCAUUAACAAUUUCAACGCGAAUGCGAGGAAUCUGCUAAGAAAAUUUUAAGAGUCACGUUUA